ACUAAAAUAACUGGGCCUCGAUAUUUGGGGGCCUGUUCCUUUGAAUAGUGAAUACAAAUUUCUGGUGGAUCAUCUCAAUCCAUUUUGUUAAUCGGGUUUAUCAAUUAUACCAACCCCCGCCAAAUCGGUUCAGUUUUGGAAUCACUUUCCAUUUUCACGAUAGAAAUGGCUUCUCUCUUCUCCUCCGCUCCCACUCUAAACGCAGUAGCGUAUAUCCCUUCCAACAGUACAGUACGGCGGGCGAGAGGAUUUUCGUUUGCGCCGGCCUUCAAUUUUCCGGUCGAAUUUAAUCGGAGAAGUCUCAGGCGAUCGCCCUCGCUUCUGAGCGCGAAGAGCAGCGGAGACGAAGAACCAGAGGAGUUAGUUGAAGAGCUUAGGGUUCCAAUCCACUGGACGGAACCAUCUAAAGCGUUAGAGGUGUCGGAAUGGCUGAGAGUUACUCUCAACAAGUGGUUGGAUGAUGAAUACUGCCCGGAAGAUGCGAAUUUGGAAAUUAGCAAGGUCGCUUCCGCUUCAUUCUGUAAAUCAUUAAUGGAGAAACAGAUGGAGAUUGGUGAGAUAUUGUUGAAGAUGGCUAAAGAUUUGGAGUCCAUUUCCUAUCAAGAGAGCUUUCAUGGAGCAUUUUCAUCAGCAAAUGCAGCAGUGGAUCUCAUAAUCCGAAGAAUGGAGCAGGAGCUGUAAAGCUUUACUGCAAUCUCUAAGGCCUGUUUCCCUUUAACUCCAUUCUCAAGAAUUGUCUUCUUACUGUCAUUAUUCUCCAAGUGAUAACUGAUAAGGUCAAUGUACUAGAUUGACUUGCAUGGUUCAGGUUUUUUGAAGGUUGGCAAUUCAUGAGUUUCUGCUCUGUAAUAGCUUUUCUCAUGGCUUCUAUUGAAGUUGACUUUCAUCAUGUUGUUAUGGUCAUUAGUCCAGUACUUGGACUGUGUUUAUCUCUGAAAUAAGAUCUCCUGCAAGGACCUUCACAGGUCAUGUGAUCAAAAUAUCCAGUAAUUUUGUUUCAAAUAUCAAGAACUGUUGCAUCAAUAGUACUUUACUUUGUGAUGUCAAGGGGCACAUUUGUUGGGAUUGUUCCUACCUUCACCUCAUUAGUAUGAUAUUGUUUGUUUUGAAUCAAAUCCUCAUGAUUUGUUUUUUGAUACCUUCGAAAAGGCCUCAUACAACUCGAGUUGGGAGAACACUUAUAAUUUGGUUUGUUUCUUCUCCAUCCAAAGUGUGUGCUUGUCACCCAAUAAUCAUCCCUUCAAUUCAAGGACAACACAACUCGUGACCUUAUCUGCAAGCCAUAUUGCACUACCGCUACAACCUUGCAAAACAUGUCGCAUUGUCGCCUGAUCUUCUCAUUGUCAGAAAGACUUUCGAUAGAAGGCAUUGAUCGCGGAUCUUCAAUCAGUUAGGCCGCACCAUCUUGUAACCAUGUUAACACCAACAAGACAUGCUCCAUGGCCAGUAUUUGCCUUGAAAACUUUUGGCACAAGGCACCACCUUCCUAUUUUUGGUCUUGUUAUCAGACCAGGAACUUUUCACGCAAUACAGUCCACUACUUCUUCAAGCUCCAAACCUCAGCUUCAAAACUACAACCAAAUGAACUUUGAUCGGGAUGAAAUUUUAGCAUUUUGAUCCUGACAUGCUCUUCUCAAUAUCCAAAAGUGGUAUUUGGCCUCUAUAUGUCGGUAUUUUAGUAUUCUGCUGCGGUUCUGCUAUGUCUUUCCACUUUCAGUGGAUGUAAUUGCGAUGUUGGUGUUCCAAGUUUUUACUUGAUGAUUGUGUGUGCCUCUAAUGGUUUAAAAGAGGAUUAUUGGUUGUACCCACUUAAUUUUGGUGAUUAGUGGAAAAAGGAUUUGGUACUAUGUGGUUAUAUUCCCAUUUUUUUUCCACGACUUGAGUUUCCACAAACAUCUCGGAGAUUAUAUUUUUCUAUUUUGUCAUUUUU